AUGGUGAAGAGUAGCUUGCUUUCAACCACGCGUGAGGCGAUACGCGAGAGUCCGAGAGAACUCUUCAACUGGUACCUCAUCUUCUGCACCCUCGCCACCAGCUUCUCGGGCGUGGCCAAGGGGUUCGAUGAAGGCAACAUUGCGAGCAUCGUCGUGAUGCCAGUGUUCAUGAAGAAGUUUGGUGUCUCCCACCAGACCGAGGACGAGUAUGCCAACACUAAGGGAUGGAUAGUCUCCAUUGCCACAGCAGGCGCUGUGUUCGGGUGCUUGAGCUGCAGCUGGCUGAAUUCCCGUCUGGGACGGAAGAAGACGCUACUGCUGUACACCAUCAUCUACAUCGCCGGUGUGCUCGGCCAGACCGGCUUCGGAAUCGGCGGGACGACAGUCGUGCCCUCGAUCUACCUGUCUGAGAUCGCCCCAAAGCCCAUCCGCGGCCUGAUCACAGUCCAAUACGCGGCAUGCCAACAGCUCGGAGUCGUCUUCGGCUUCUUCCUCAACUAUGGCGUCACGAAGUACCACGCUGGCACUCAGCUUCAAUGGCAGCUCCCAACCGCCCUACAGGUCGUCCCCGCCGUCAUCUGGGGCAUCGCAGUCCUCUUCAUCGCGGAGUCGCCCCGCUGGCUCCUCUCGGUGAAUCGACGCAGCGAGGCCAUCACAAACCUAACCCGCAUCCGCGGCCUUCCAGUCGACAAUCCCUACGUCGCCUCCGAACUCUCCGCCAUCGACCUGCAGAUCCAGCACGAAGCGGACGUCGAGACUCUAGGCGUAGUCGAAAACCGCCGACGAUUCUGGCUCAUGUUCCUCGCCCACCUCUUUGGUCAAUGGUCCGGCGCCAAUGCUAUCACGCAGUACUCGCCUACGAUUCUCGGCUACCUGGGCAUCGCAGGCACCGAGACCAAGUUCCUAACCACCGGCAUCUACGGUAUCGUCAAGUUCGUCUCAGUAGUGCUCUUCGCCUUCUUCAUCGUCGACUUCAUCGGCCGUGCCACGAAUGGCAUGUCCGCCAAAGAGAUCGCCAACUCAGCUACCCUCCGCCAUACCAGCACGGCCGCGAUCGUCGCCAUCUUCCUCCAUGCCGUCGCGUGGUCGAUCGGGUGGUUCAGCGCGCCAUAUCUCAUCAACGCUGAGAUCUUCCCCAUCCGGAUUCGGAGCUUGAAUAUGUCAUUCAUGAUGGCUAUGCACUGGCUUUACUACUUCGGCUGCUCUCGCGCCAUGCCGUCUUUGCUGGCCGCAACGCAUCGUUGGGGUGCAUUCGUCUUCUUCGCCAGCAUUUGUGCCGUCAGUCUGGUUUUUGUGUUCUUCUGUAUGCCUGAGACGGCUGGGCGCAGUCUAGAGAGCAUGGACACGCUGUUUGAGAGGCCGCUUUGGCACAUUCGGAAGGUUGCAUACCCGACUAAGGUUGAUUUGAUGCUGGAUGCUGGGCGGAGGGAGAGUGAAGAUGGAUGGGAGGAUGCUGAAAAGGCAGCGGCUAUUACCGAGCAGAGAGAGGUGGCGAGGUAG